AUGAUUGGAAUUAAGAUCGCGAACAUUGAUGACGUGAGGGUGAUCAAUGGAUACGCGUUUCUGGCGGACACAAUACUUCUCAUUAGUUUCGGACUUGUCGGCGCAGCGCUUAUCCCAGAACUGAUGGGCACAUUCCAUAGGGGAUUCUUUUGCAAUGACCAAACUAUUCAGUAUCCAUACAAAGAAGAUACAAUUACUCCGACAGUUCUUUUCCUAUACUCGUUUCUCGCGAUGAUAUUGGCCAUUGUUGGAACGGAGUGCUACCGAGCACGGAAGAACAAUGAUGCUAUGGCUGCUCGCUACAGACUCGGCAAUUUCGCCAUUCACUCCACGAUUGUCCGAACUACCAUAUACAUAGGAUACUCACUAAUAGGCUUUAUGUGCGUUCUUGUGCUCACAAACGUCACAAAGAGCUGUGUUGGACGUUUGAGGCCCCAUUUUUUGGAUGUAUGCAAACCACUUAAUAUCACAUGCCAUGAUGAUACGUUCUAUAAUGACUACACCUGCACAGGGAACCCACUAACGGUGGAGGAAGCACGGAAAUCAUUUUUUAGCGGUCACUCGUCCAUUUCGAUGUAUGCUUCUACAUUUACAGCGCUGUAUUUACUGGCGCGCUUCCCUAGUCGCUCAAUUGGAAGGACCGUCAUUCCGGUCAUGCAAACAGCGUUAAUCGCAUCUGGUACGCUCAUAUCGUUGUCUCGAAUUAACGACAACAAGCACCACUGGAGCGACGUCAUCAUCGGAAUUUUCGUAGGAGUAUUCGUAGCCACCUACACGAGCUUCGUAUGGGCCCGAAUGUUUGUUGGAGAAGAAGGAAUCCCCCUGCGACAACGUUACAUCACCUAUGUGGAUGGUACAACUGAUCCAUCCAAUCACCUUAUUGUUCAGCAUGCAGAAACAGAACAAAACCGCGUGUACCAGAAAAACAACUGCAACGCAACGAAUUAA